CCUUCCCCAGGUCAGGCCAGAGCUCCUUUGUGAAGUUGUGCAGAUAUCCAAGUCCCCUCCCUCAAAUAGUAGACUUUCAGGCAGGGCCUUUCAACACUCAGCACCUGCAGCUGAGGCUCCUCCACAACCAAGAGCCUUCCCUCUUUCGGGACCAACACUUUCCCUCCCAUCCUAAGGCAAGACCCUGACCUAAGGACUUGUAACAACCAAGCCAAAGCCCAGAGAUGGAAGCAGACGAGGUCACAGAAGAGCCUCAUGCCACCAUGGAUGCAGAGGAGCACCCCUCUUCAAAGGACCCCUCUGCUGAGGACUUACAGGAGGACCCUAUCUCUGAAACCUUCUUGGAGCCUUCCAUCUCUGAGACCCCUUUGGAGCCCCAUAUGUCUGAAUCCCCUUUGGUGCCAUCUCCUUCCCAGACCCCAUUAGAGACCCACACCUCUGAAUCCCCCUUGGUGCCACCCCCUUCCCAGACCCCAUUAGACACCCACACCUCUGAAUCCCCCUUGGUGCCAUCUCCUUCCCAGACCCCAUUAGACACCCACACCUCUGAAUCCCCCUUGGUGCCAUCCCCUUCCCACACCCCAUUAGAUACCCACACCUCUGAAUCCCCCUUGGUGCCACCCCCUUCCCAGACCCCAUUAGACACCCACACCUCUGAAUCCCCCUUGGUGCCAUCUCCUUCCCAGACCCCAUUAGACACCCACACCUCUGAAUCCCCCUUGGUGCCAUCCCCUUCCCACACCCCAUUAGAUACCCACACCUCUGAAUCCCCCUUGGUGCCACUCCCUUCGCAGACCCCAACAGAGAUGAACACCUCUGAAUCCCCUUUGGUGCCAUCCCCUUCACAGACCCCAUUAGGGACCCACACUUCUGAAACCCAUCUGGAGCCUUCCAACUCUAAGACCUCUUUAGGACACUCCAUCUCUGGGAUCCCUUUGGAGACCCCUACCUUUGAGAAUCCACUGGAUAGUCACAUCUCAGUGGUCCCAGAGAAACACCUUAGUCUUCAUCCCCCAUCAGUAGGCCCUGUCUCUGUGUCUUCCUCUGAUGCCUUGGGGGAAGGCCUCUCCUCUGAGUCUUCUUCCAAUCAGGCCUCACGGUCAAGGGGGUCCACCCAGGUCUCUGAAUCUGAAAGCCCUCCAAAGCACUCCCUUCCAGGCCCUUCAACCCAGGUCUACAUGGACACAUCUGCAAAGCAGAAGGAAGAUGCAAGAGAGGAUGAGGAGGGAGUGGAUGCCAGUGACAACACUGCUCACACAGUGCAUCCUGGACACCAGCUGGGCAAGAAGAAGGGGAAGAAAGCAGUUAGCUGUUACACAGUCAGCCCAGUGGUCCCUGCUAAGCAGGCAGAGCUGGUGGCAGUGGCUAAGACAAUGCACAGAAAGGAGUUUGAUGUGCAGGUGAAUCAUCUUUUCCAAUGGGAGAAGAAUGCUGCCCUGAAUGCCAUCCAGACAGGUCUCUACAUCGGCUGGCGCUGCCCUCAUUACCUAUGGGACUGUUUCCGGAUUGGGGAUGAGUCCAAAUGCUUUUGUGGACACUUGUUGAGAGAGCACAAGAUUAUCUCAGACAUAUCUGUGCCCUGCAGUGUGAGCCAGUGCCGCUGCCUCAUGUUCUGCUUUAUCCCGUCAUGCCCAGAGGAGGUGGGUGAGUUCUGGCUCAGGAGACGGGCCACCUUCGACCCCAAGGCCUGGAGGGCCCAAUGUCGCUGCAAACACAGCCACGAAGAACACGCGGCCACUGGGUCCCAUCCCUGCAAGCAUCAUGGUUGUUGCUGCAAAUAUUUUGAGUCUAAUUUUCUCUGUGUGGCCUGUGACCGGCGCUGGGAAGAACACGAGACUUUCUUUGAGACAGACAAGACCCGGCGGCGAGGAGGAAGGCCUCACGGUGAGGCAGCAACCUGGGAUGGGGCCAUUCAGGGUCUGCAGUGAGAAGGCCAGGCAGGAAGGCACCUCCAUCCUCAACCAUCCCCUCCAGGACUACCACACUCCCUUCCCUCACCCCUCCCACUCCCACCCCCUCACAUUCAUGCCUUCACUGGUUUUCACCUCCAGGAGCAGACUAUGUGCCUUUUGCAGAGAUGCCUGUCCUUAGAGAAGCCAUCAUCCACAACUCUGACUUCGAGGCCCUGCAGAGGCAGGGGCCCUCUGGCCUUCCCAGCCCCCACCCUAGCCCCCCUGGGCUCCCUGGCCCACGCAGCCCCCAGCCUGGCCCUACAUCUGACCCCCAUAUCUGACCCUUUCACUUCUGCUCUUCCCUCCUCCAGGGACAGAUACUGUGAACAACUGGCGCAGGUCUGUGUGAGGCUGGCCUAGAUCAGCAAUAAAGGGGAAGUCACUGG